UUUCCGUGAGCACGUGAAGGCAGCACGGUUAGUUACUGUGUUCGCUACGAGCUCGACCGAAGGACUCUGGUGGUGACAACAAACUCAUUGUAGUGUUCAUCAUGGAGAGUGGUACAGCAGCAACACACAACUUCUCUCAGGUCAUUUUUGCCAACAUCCCUUACUCAUACCCACUGCAGACCUCUGUGACUUGCUGCUACACCCUGACCGCCACCUUCCAGCCCAGUCCCAAAGAUUGGGUGGGAAUUUUUAAGGUCGGCUGGAACACAACAAAAGAUUAUCACAGCUAUGUGUGGGUGGAGAAGGCAUGUCUGGAUGCAGCAGAGCCACCGCCAGUGACGAAAAAAGUAGUUUUUCAGGAUCUACCCAAGGAUGACACUGAGUUCUACCAGUUCUGUUAUGUUGACAAAACCGGACAGGUGCGAGGAGCCAGUACGCCUUUCUGUUUCAGAAACCAAACGGAACAAACUAUGGAGAGCACAACUGAUGAUGACCUUCUACUCAUCAUGACACAGGAGCAGGUAGACCAAAGCGUGCAGGAGAAGGCUGAACUGACGAUAUCACUGGAUCAGAUGCGAGAAGAAAAUGAAACCUUGAAAAAGGCUCUUGAUGUGGAACGGGGAAAAGUUGACAGCUUGAAAACACAGAAUGAAUUGAAAGAUGAAGAGAUGAGAGGACGGCUCAAAGAAAUCAUGGACCAAAAUGAUCAAUUAAAAACUACUGUCCAGGAAAACCUGCAAGAACAAGAGCGAUUACAGGAGGAGAUAGUGAUCCUAAUGACAAAACAGCUGGAGAUACAGCAGAAUGCUGCAGAGAAACAAAGCAUUAGUGUGGAAGAAACAUUACAGUCAAAUAAGACAACUAUGACACAGGAGUACAAAUGCGCUGUGAUGAAACUUAAUCAGCUCCAGGAGGAGCGCGAGGAGCUGACCGCAAAGAUUAGUAAUCAAAACAGGGAGAUUGCUGCGCUAAAAACCAAACUCAAGGAAGGUGAAAGGGAACUGUUUAAAGCACAAAACAGUGUGAAGCUCCUACGGGUUGACCUUCAGACCAGUGAAAAAGAAAAGGAAAGGCUCUCUGCAGAGCUGCAAAGGUUGCAGCGCAUCACAAACAACAUGGAUCAAGUGAAGAAGGAGAACCAGGAAUUAUGUAGGAGGCUGUCAGAGCAGGAAACUGUGCAGAGCGUUUCAGAUGAGCAAAAGAAGUCUCACAAUGUCCAUAGCCAGCUCCAGCUAACAGAAAGGCUGUUGGCUGCUAAAACGGAGGACUUAAAUAGCAACAAGAAACGCGCCGAGAGCCUGCAGCAAGAGCUGCUGCAGGUAACAGAGCUGCUGGAGAACAUAGUGGAGACAAAGAAGGAGAUGACACAAAAAAACAGCAAACUAGAGUACCUGCUUGCAGAUGCACAUGGAGUAAUUGCUGAAAAGGAUGGCGCUCUUGAAGAGAAGGAAAAGCUAGUGAUGAUUGAGAGACAUGAGAAAGAAGAGCUAUGCAGAGAAAACCAGACUCUCAGAAAUGAUAUGGAGGGGUUGCGCAAGAUGGUUCGUGAUCUCCAGACCGCCCAUUCCACCGUGUUCCCACCCACAACGCCUGCUGUCACUCUGAACUCACCACCUGGCUCGGUUUCUGCCACUGAAUUGCACCUUGAGGACACAGAUGAACCAGAGUCUCAGAGGUCUGAGAACUUGUAUGAGGCCUUUGGGAACACGACAGAAAUGGAGGAAGAGCAGUUCUUGGUGUGUCGCCACUGCCAGGAGAGUUUCCCCGGCAUCAGCCAAGAUGAACUGGAGCAGCACGAGCAGAGUCACAGAGUCUGCCCUUUCUGCACACUCAUCUGUGACAGCAUGGAGCAGUCCGUAUUUGAGGAUCACGUCUAUGGGCACGAGCUGUAAAACUGGACCUGGCUAAUUAAAUUUAACUGUAUUUGCGUUUAAUCAUAUGCAUCAAUUGUGGUUUAAUAUUAAUCCUGUAUGAGAGGAAUAAAAUGCACAGGUUGGGUGGUUGUGAAAGGACUGUACUUGGAUAUUUUUACUGACGUACUGCAAAGUGUUAAAAUGUAUUGAGCUUCGAAAGAGUGCUGGCAUAAACAUACAGUGCAUCUGGAAAGUAUUCACGACUUUUUCCACAUUUUGUUAUGUUGCAACCUUAUUCCAAAAUGGAUGGAAUUCAUUUUUUCCCUUAACAUUCUACACACAAUACCCCAUAA